AUGACAUUUAACAACACCAUCACCGAGGAUCAUCCAAGUGACGAUUCUGUUCAAGUGUUCAGCGACGCAGACGAUUCAAGAAGCCCGACUAUGACGGAUUUCAGCCAUACAUCAGCUGAUAACGAUGUCUUCAAGAGUACACAGUCAUUCAAGCCGACCGAGGCGCCAGCUCUGAGAGAUCGAUUGCGUGAGUUGUACAGUGAUAAUAUCACGGCGAAGAUCCUACGGACUGCUGUAACCAGUAAUGGAAAAUACGAAUGCCGCGAGGCAGACUUCUGGACCUGUGGCUUCUUCCCUGGGUCGAUAUAUGCUGUGCUUGAACGUCUUAUCAAGUAUCCAAAGUCGACCUCUGCUGGAACAGGUAAUUCAACAGUUAUCCAAAAACUUCGCGACUUGGGAAAAACUUGGUCGGACCCAAUUCAUCCCAUGGGGGCUCGGACAGAUACACACGACAUGUCCUUCAUCAUCCAGCCAUCAAUGCGACCACUCUGGGAGCUCUUUCACGACAGGCGUGCCCUCGCAACAAUAAUCACUGCCGCGGACAGUUUAUACACCCGGUAUAACGACAAAGUCGGUGCUAUUCGUUCAUGGGACCAAUUGACCCAAAAGGGAGUUAACAUCACCUCCAUGGACCAGGACUUCCUGGUCAUUAUCGAUUCUAUGUGUAACUUGGAUCUCCUGUACUAUGCUGCAGCUCACACUGGCCGCGUUGAGCUUUUUAGUGCCGCAACUCGGCACGCGCACAAGCUUCUACGAACUCAUCUUCGCCAUGAAACAGGCGAAUUUUCCAAGCGCAAGGGAUACAACGGUCCAUUAUUCAGUACAUUCCACGUUACAAAUUUCAGUCCAAUGACUGGGAGACUCAAAGAAGCUCGUACUGGUCAAGGCUAUGCAAAGGAUUCAACCUGGGCUCGGGGUCAAGCUUGGGGAAUUCUUGGGUAUUCGCAGACAUAUCAAUGGACGGGCGAUACAGAAUUUCUCAUUGCAGCCUGUGGUCUAGCGGAGUACUUUCUCCUGCGACUAGAACUGUCCCCUAGCUGUGUUGAGCGCCCUGUCACAGCUGAUAGUGAUUCAGAGACUCAAGGACGCACCUGCGGUCGUUUUGUACCACUAUGGGACUUCGAUGCCCCUGUUGACGAGGCGAACCCACUCCGCGACUCAUCUGCGGGUGUCAUUGCCGCCAACGGUAUGCUGGUGUUGGCACAGAGCCUUCUUUCCCGUGGUGAACAUACCCAGGGCCGCCGCUAUCUUGAUGCUGCGCUUUUGCUAGUUGAAGAUGCCUUGAAAUUUUCUCUGGCUGAUGAAAAGGCCUCUAUCGUUGUUCGUGGACAGGAGGUUUCAGUGGAAGAUGUACGGCCAAAAGCUACAUUUGAGGCCAUUUUGAAGAAUGCGACCGCCAAUCAUAACGCAUCUGACCACCGACGUUAUUGGGACCAUGGACUGGUUUACGGAGAUUACUAUCUUAUUGAAUUUGGUAAUCAGUUGCUUCGAAUGGGACUUGUUUGA